GGUGCCAUUUUGCAAGUUUGCAGAACUAGAUGGGUAGCAUGGCUCGCCAAAACACUACCCGGACUCUGGGAACUGUACCUGCCACUACCAUCCCCAAUCCACGGGAGCCGCACCAGCAGCUGAAUGCCAUCACCACCAGGAGGGGCAAGUCCACAUCGGCGGUACCUUCCCAGGAUAGGGAGGAAGAGCUACUGCCUGCUUCAGCACUUCCAGCCGAUGAUGUAGAAGUGAGGGUGGAGAAGGAAGCACCUGCUCCCAAGCCACUGCCAGUGGUUAAGGAGCACGUACCCCAGCUUCCCUUCCCCACUCGCCUACAUAAAGACAGGCUGGAGACUGAGUUUGCCAAAUUCAUAGCAAUGUUGAAGCAGGUCAACAUCAGCAUGUCAUUCGUGGAGGCACUGUCGAAGAUGCCCAAGUACGCCAAGUUCAUGAAGGACCUCCUCACCAACAAGAAGGAACUUGGGGAUCUUUUGACAGUGAUGCUGAGCGAGGAGUGUUCUGCCAUCUUGCAGAACAAGCUGUCCGAAAAGUACAGAACCCAGGAAGUUUCACUAUCCCUCUUCAUAUUGGCAGCAUGCAUGUAGGGAAGUCCUUGGCGGACCUAGGCGCUAGCAUAAAUGUCAUGCCAUACAAUCUAUUUAAAAAGCUAGACCUAGGUGAACUUAGCCCUGCUAGGAUGAGCAUUCAGUUAGCUGAUCGCUCUAUUGUGCAUCCUAGGGGUAUCAUAGAGGAUGUGCUUGUUAAAGUAGGCGCAUUCACAUAUCCUAUUGAUUUUGUUGUUCUGGAUAUAAAUGAGGAUGUGGAUGUGCCUUUGAUUUUGGGUAGACCAUUUCUUGCCACCUCCAAGGCACUAAUUGAUGUGCAUAGUGGUAAACUGAUCUUGCGUGCUGGGAAUGAACAGGCUACUUUUUCUGUGGCAACUAUUCUCCCUGGCUUAUUUUAGGGGAAGGAAUUACCACUUUCUAUCUGCUUCUGCAGCAGACGCCAAAGACCUGCAUCACGGGUGUGAUGCAUGAACGGAAAGAGCGAGAGUGAGUGCAAGAAGGAUGGGGAGAGAAAAAGCACUGGAUUUCUGACCACAUUCUCCAUGGGGCCUUCUUAUCUCUUCCUUCUCCGAGCUCGGGUUAUAGAAGAAGGAGAAGAAGGAACCGAGAAGAAGGUAUCAGCAACAACAGGUUUUAUUACGGGACAUCUCAUGAUGUUUCUAUCGAUCUUGUCGCAACCGUCCCGUCCGGGGGUCCGAAUGUCGUCGCGUCGGCAUUUUUGGGAGUCGCCAUCGAUCUUAGUUGGAGUGGAUCGAACACUCUUAGGAUCGGGAGUACGGUUACGUGUAGGGAAGUUAAGCAACACCCCCACAACGCCCUAAAUCGGUACUACUUAAGUCGAUAAGUUUUAUACGAGUUGGGUGUAUUUUAGUAAUAAUUUAUAAUUUUAGGGGUCCCACUGGACCAUUUAAUGAUUUAAUCAUAUUAGUUGUAAUUUAAUUAUACGCCCACUGACGUAAAAAUUUAAAGAUAAAGUUAGUUGAUUAAUUGGACUCGAACCUUAUCGGUUGCCUACGUACCCGUAAGACGGGAUCAAAGUCCACGUAGUUCGCUUGGACUUUGAAAAUUUUAAGUAAAAUUAUUACCACAUUCCACUGAUCGUGGUUCUCGUAUCAAAAUUUAUUGUUAGUAAAAUUUAGGUUGGUAUUAUGAAAUUAUAAAAAGAUAAUGUAAUAAUUUCACUCAUUAAGAGGAGUUUUGAUGUACUAGAAAAGAAACGAGAUAUACUUAAUCCGCAAUUUUACAUUUUGUAUUAAGGAUUUUAAAUAAAUAACACUAUACGGGUUUAUAUUAUUAACGCAUGAGGGCCAGCAGUCUAACUGGCUAAAACGCCAGACCAAAUUAGCGUUUGACCGAGAGAACAUGGGUUCGAAACGCGCUAUCUACAAAUUUUUUGUUUAUCUCGUUUUAGAGCAGAGAAGGGGGAAGGGCAAUUUGGUAAGUUCUCAAAAAGACGGUGGCACGGCCGCGUAAUUAGCAAUAAACCCUAGGGGCAUUUUGGACUUUUUCAGGUGGGUAUAAAUUCACCUUAAGGAAACCCUAAUUCGGCCUUACCAAAAAAAAAUGGCCGCCUCCUCCUCUCUUCCUCUCGUUCUCUCUCUUACUCUCUGCCUCUCGAUCCUCUUCCAGAGAAGAAAAAAAAACAAACGAACCCUAAUCCGCCUCUCUUCUCGUUUCCUCUGGAGUAAACCGAAAACCACAAAAAAAAAUGAUGAAUAAUCGCCCUCUCCCCCUCUCGAUUCUCUACUCUGUUCUCUGCUCUCGACUAGCUAAGGAGUCCGCUCGUUUCGUACUAAACCAACCGAGAGGGCUUCGAUUCAGGUAGAGUGAGACAUGCAUGGUCUUUUGAUUCGUUUUAGGAGAUUUUAUUAGGAUUUGCCUAACUCCUUUCAUUUUCAUUUUCAUUUCCGGUGAAAUUGUCCCAAACCGAGGGGGGGUUUUCUCGAUCUACCUGCUCCUGCUCUCGGUUUACUCUUUGGUAAGCUUCUCUUAAACAUGCAAACUUAGAUCUAAUUUUUCCACACAAGACGUGAUUUUAAUCUUGAUUUUUAUUUUGGGUUUUUGGUGUUGGACGAGGGGUGAAGGAGAGCGAAGACCGGCGGCGACGUCUAGACCUAGGGACGGUCGACGGUAGGUUCGGACUAAUUUUUCGUCGGUUUAUUCGUUUUUUUUUAUUUCGUAUUUUGGGUUUUAAUAAAUUUUUUAUUUCGGUUGGGUGGAGGACGAGGGACUCUUUGGCCGCCGAGAUCUCCGUCGGCGAAGUCAGGUGAGAAUUUUAUUAUUUUUAUUUUAUUUUUGUUUAGGUUUAUUACCUCUUUAAUCUAUUCUGACCUCUACUUUUGUUUUGAUGCAGUUAUUGGAAAUGGACAGAUCUGGGUAAGGUUGUCCUAAACUCGGGUUAAUAUGAUUGGGGUGGUUGAACUAAAAAAGGAAAGGAUUGUGUUUCGGUUUAGAUUUGGUUUACAAAUCUGUGGUUUGGAAAUAUGUUGUAUGUGUGUUUGAUGAUCUCGAAUAUUUUCAUGCUUGGUGGUUUGGUUGAUGGUUUUAGAAGUAACUCCUAAUAAGCUAGAAUUUGGUAAAAAAAAAAAUUAUUUCUGGGAAAGUAAUUAAGAAGUUCGAAAAUCACUAUUUUCGGUAAUUGUAAAUCACUGCCUCUGCUUGUGAUUUUGCAAGGGUUUGAAAUCUGAAAUUUAGUGCGUUUAUGGUGUUUUUGUUGGAUUUGGUUUUAAAACGAAAAUCAUAUUUGUUUCUGUUUAUGAAAUCUUGGCGAUUGAAACUGUAUGUUGGUUUAAGCUAUAUGUUCUUAAAAGAAAUUGAAAUUUGACUUAAGUUUUAACAUGAUAUAUUUGCCAAAAGAUUAGGCUAAUGAUGGUAACUAGUGCAAACUGAUUUAGACAGGGGUACAAGUUAUUGCUGCAUAAACUGUGCUCAAUUGAAAUAAAUCGCAUAUAUGCAGAUUGCGGUAGUAGUAUAUUGCUUAAAUAUAAACGAGCUCAAUUAAGUAAAUAAAGCCGAUAGAGAUAAGCAACAAAGCAGAUGGAUUAUUAGUAAAACUAAGAUCGAGAUUACGAACACUAACCUUGUUGGGAUUUCUGACUCUAAGAAUCCCCGCUUUAUGCUCCUUUCUUGCAAAACCCCGAACUGAAAUGAACUUCUCCAAACCAAAUGAAAGAAUCAGAAAGUCUUCCAAUUUUAUGUUUCUGUUGUCUUUUCUUCUUCCGUCCUCCUCAACACAGAGCCCAAAGAGCUCAUUUAUAGCAAGAAUUGCAUGCCACGUGUCAUGCUGUGAUUGAUGAUGAGCAUGACAUGCUUCUCUUUGAUUGGUUGGUUCUCAAGGCUGCUUCUGAGGCCUCCACCUUGCUUAGUCUAUGAUUGAUGAUGAGCAUGACAUGCUUCUCUCUGAUUGGUUGGUUCUCAAGGCUGCUUCUGAGGCCUCCACCUACAAAGGUGCUGACUAACUGCUUGGAUAAGAUUGGGCCGAGUUGGGCCUUGAAUUCGUUUGGGCCGGUACCAGGGCUUGGUCUAGUCCUGAACCUGGGUUCUGUUUUGGGCCGAAUUGGGCUCUGUUUUGGGUUGUAUCAUGAUCGCUUUCUUUUUCAUUUUGCAGGUAUGUGAUCUGGUUUGGGCUCAAAGAGAGGAGAAGAAAAGGAGCCCAAUGACUUCAAUUGAUGAGUCGGCCCAGUUUGAAAUGGUGUUCAAACUUCAAAUUUUUUGUUGUUAGUAGUAACAGGCAGUCAUUGUAAUUAGUUUCAGUUCAUACUUUGUACCAUGUGUCAAAUUUAACUAUAAAGCUUUUGCCUCCAUUUCAUCUAUCACGCCCAUGUUCGAACCUCAAGCUUUGCACCUCUAUUGUUUUUUUAUAAUUAAAGUUUAAGAUUUGCCAUUGCUAAUCUUAUUAAAUCGAUUAUAUCUUAACUAAUCCUAGAAUCGACUAGGUUGGUAAUAUUGAUUAGUUAUUGACUUGCCACUGCUAGUCUCAACUCAUAUGAUAUUAGAAAGAAAAUUUGAUAAAUCAUUGGUGCUUAUUGACUCGCCACUGCUAAUUUCAACCAAUUCAUCACAAGUUUCCACUUUCAUUUGUUGUUAUAUUUUUAUUUUACAUAGAGUGUUUGUCCCGGACAAAAUGUGGUGUCUACAGAUCUAUUAUGCGCCUCUGCAUCUAGCACCACACACGAUGUGGUGCGCUAACGAGAACAGAGCCCAAGAGUCGAGACCCAAUCGGGAGACGUUUCGGCUUAUAUUCCUACCAAUGUAAUUUCUAUUACAGAUGGACAAAUUUUCUUAUCCGCUGAUCUAUUCAAUGCUGGAAUCCGGCCUGCUAUUAAUGUGGGUAUUUCAGUCUCCCGAGUCGGAUCCGCAGCUCAAAUUAAAGCUAUGAAACAGGUAGCUGGGGACGGACUACUAUAGUGAGUCUAGUGACUACUAGAGUAGAGUUGAGUAAAAAGGUAUGGUAUAGCUGCCAAGCAUCACGUAGCUAGAUCGCGCACCCUUUAGUGUUCUAUCGCCCGUAUCGGUCGCCUCCACUUGCUCCUUUGUUUGCCCCCCUUACUCUAAUAGGCGGUAGCAAGCCCUUAGAAAGCUUUUCUAUAUAGAUGUAUAUAUGAAUAAUGUGAUCAGCCUGACCGCACGAGUAGAAGAUCUGGCAGGGUCCCUCGCCUCUAUCCCUUUCUUUAGCAAGAUAGGAGUAAAGUACUCGGUCAAGCCAUAGACGGAUUGAUGUGGCGUAGCGGCGACAUAGGGUCCCCCCCCCCCUCAAAAUCGGACGUGAAAGUUUCCUCUCAUCCGGCUCAAGCAGUUACACCAAAGAAAGAUAAAGAAAAGGGUUCCCA